CCAAGGGGCCCUGAAAACGCAGAUCGCGGUCAUGACGCUGACGCUCUUUCCCAUCCGGCUGCUGCUUGCCGCCUUCAUGAUGCUGCUCGCCUGGCCCUUCGCGCUCGUCGCUUCCCUGGGACCCGCUGAGAGGGCCCCGGAGCAGCCCCUGGCCUUGUGGCGGAAGGUCGUGGACUUCCUGCUCAAGGCCAUCAUGCGGACCAUGUGGUUCGUCGGUGGCUUCCACUGGGUGACCGUGAAGGGGCGGCAGGCCCUGCCCACCGAGGCAGCCAUCCUCACCCUGGCACCACACUCCUCCUACUUCGAUGCCAUCCCCGUCACCAUGACCAUGUCCUCCAUCGUGAUGAAGGCCGAGAGCAGAGACAUCCCGAUAUGGGGAACUCUGAUCAAGUACAUACGGCCUGUUUUCGUGUCCCGGUCAGACCAGGAUUCUCGCAGGAGGACCGUGGAGGAAAUCAAGAGACGGGCGCAGUCAAAUGGCAAGUGGCCACAGAUAAUGAUUUUUCCAGAGGGAACUUGUACCAACAGGACCUGCCUAAUUACCUUCAAACCUGGUGCCUUCAUCCCGGGAGUUCCUGUCCAGCCGGUGGUCCUGCGGUACCCAAAUAAGCUGGACACCAUCACGUGGACGUGGCAAGGCCCCGGAGCGUUAGAAAUCCUGUGGCUCACCCUGUGUCAGUUUCACAAUCAAAUUGAAAUUGAGUUCCUUCCGGUGUACAACCCUUCAGAGGAGGAAAAGAAGGACCCCGCCCUGUAUGCCAGCAAUGUGCGACGCGUCAUGGCCGAGGCCCUGGGCGUCUCCGUGACCGACUACACCUUUGAGGACUGCCAGCUGGCCCUGGCGGAAGGACAGCUUCGGCUCCCUGCAGACACCUGCCUUCUGGAAUUCGCCAGGCUGGUGCGGGGCCUAGGCCUAAAACCAGAAAAACUUGAAAAAGAUCUGGAUAGAUAUGCGGAAAGUGCUGGGAUGAAGAGGGGGGCAAAGAUCAACGUCUCAGAGUUUGCGGCUUACCUGGAAGUGCCUGUCUCCGACCCGCUGGCCGACAUGUUCUCCCUGUUUGACGAGAGCGGGAGCGGCGAGAUGGACCCUCGGGAGUACGUGGUCGCCUUGUCUGUCGUCUGCCGGCCUGCUCAGACCCUGGACACCAUACAGCUGGCCUUCAAGAUGUACGGGUCUCAGGAGGAUGGUAGCAUAGACAAGGAUGCCCUGUCCAGCAUCCUCAAGACGGCAUUAGGGGUGGCAGAACUCACCGUGACUGACCUCUUUCGGGCCAUCGACCAGGAGGAGAAGGGGAGGAUCACGUUUGCCGACUUCGGCAGGUUUGCAGAAACGUACCCCGACUUUGCAGAGGAGUAUCUGUACCCCGACCAGCCGCCUUUCGAGAGCUGUGCACAGACGCCUCCCGCUCUCACCCCCAACGGCUUCUGUGCUGACUUCAGCCCCGAGAACUCGGAUGCUGGGAGGAAGCCUGUGCGGAAGAAACUGGACUAGGACUGAGGGUGCUGGAGAGACGAGACUGCUCCCCGGCAGUCGCCACCCGCCUCCACAUGGCCGCGAGCCCUCUGCUGUGACCAUCUCCGGGCUCCACUCUCCAUGUCGGCUGCUCGGUCACUGUCCCCAGGCCCAAGUGCCAGAGGCUGGGGUGUUUCCACUUUGCUCCUCUAUGGGGCACCGGCCUGAGGGGCAUCUGGAAGGAAACCUUAUGCU